CGGGCGGUUCACUGAGUUCUUGCUCACUGCAGAGGGGCCCGCGACGCCUUCUGGACCGCACGCCGCCCUCGCUGAGGCCCGGGUUUGUUCCUCAACCUCGGCCGAAGGCAUCUCCCUCUGACCCCUCUUCCAUCCUUCGGGAAGGAGACUCGACUCGUCCCCCUUUCGCUCAGUGCAUGUGACUUGGUAGGUGAGAGUGAUUUCCCAGUGAUUGCUUUGGCCCUUACAACCAGAGAACAGGAUUCUUCCCUCCUUUUUGGCCACUAAAUGCCUGCGCACACCACACAUUCCUGCGAGGGAAGAAGGGCGGAGCUUCUUGGAUGAUGAUGGACAUUCCACUGGACAGGAUGAGGGCAGAGAGUGUGACAUCAACACCACAAAGGUGCAGCGUGAACUUCCUCAUCUCCCUUCCCAUCCAGCUCCCUGCCUCCUGUAUCCACCAUGGUGUUUGGUGAGUUUUUCCAUCGCCCUGGACAAGACGAGGAACUUGUCAACUUGAACGUGGGGGGCUUUAAGCAGUCCGUCGACCAAAGCACCCUCCUGCGGUUUCCUCACACCAGACUCGGAAAACUGCUCACCUGCCACUCGGAAGAGGCCAUCCUGGAGCUGUGCGACGACUACAGUGUGGCCGAUAAGGAGUACUACUUUGAUCGGAACCCCUCCUUGUUCAGAUACGUUUUGAAUUUUUAUUACACGGGGAAGCUGCAUGUCAUGGAGGAGCUGUGCGUCUUCUCAUUCUGCCAGGAGAUCGAGUACUGGGGCAUCAACGAGCUCUUCAUCGAUUCCUGCUGCAGUAAUCGCUACCAGGAACGCAAGGAGGAUAACCACGAGAAGGACUGGGACCAGAAGAGCAAUGACGUGAGUACCGACACCUCCUUUGAAGAGUCGUCCCUGUUUGAGAAGGAGCUGGAGAAGUUUGACAAGCUGCGAUUUGGUCAGCUCCGGAAGAAGAUCUGGAUUCGAAUGGAAAACCCAGCCUACUGCCUGUCUGCCAAGCUCAUUGCCAUCUCGUCCUUGAGCGUGGUGCUGGCCUCCAUUGUGGCCAUGUGUGUGCACAGCAUGUCAGAGUUCCAGAACGAGGACGGAGAGGUGGAUGACCCCGUGCUGGAAGGUGUGGAGAUUGCGUGCAUUGCUUGGUUCACUGGCGAGCUUGCCAUCCGGCUGGUCGCUGCUCCCUGUCAAAAGAAAUUCUGGAAAAACCCUCUGAACAUAAUUGACUUCGUCUCCAUUAUCCCCUUCUAUGCCACCUUGGCCGUAGACACCAAGGAGGAAGAGAGUGAGGACAUUGAAAACAUGGGCAAGGUGGUCCAGAUCCUCAGGCUUAUGAGGAUUUUCCGAAUCCUCAAGCUUGCCCGGCACUCAGUAGGACUUCGGUCUCUAGGUGCCACCCUGAGACACAGCUAUCAUGAAGUUGGGCUCCUGCUUCUCUUUCUCUCUGUGGGCAUUUCCAUCUUUUCUGUGCUUAUCUACUCUGUGGAGAAAGACGAGCAGACAUCCAGCCUCACCAGCAUCCCCAUCUGCUGGUGGUGGGCCACCAUCAGCAUGACCACUGUGGGCUAUGGAGACACGCACCCAGUCACCUUGGCCGGGAAGCUUAUCGCCAGCACGUGCAUCAUCUGUGGCAUCUUGGUGGUGGCCCUCCCUAUCACCAUUAUCUUCAACAAGUUUUCCAAGUACUACCAGAAGCAGAAGGACAUUGAUGUGGACCAGUGCAGUGAGGACCCACCAGAGAAGUGUCACGAGCUACCUUACUUUAACAUUAGGGACAUUUAUGCCCAGCGGAUGCACGCCUUCAUUACCAGUCUGUCUUCUGUGGGAAUUGUGGUGAGCGAUCCCGAUUCUACAGAUGCUUCAAGCAUUGAAGACAAUGAGGAUGUUUAUAACACAGCGUCCUUGGAGAAUUGCACAGCAAAAUGAGCAGGGACAUUUGUGCCUGUAUCUUGUGUCCCUUCCUGACGUUAGGUUAACACAGCUUUAUAAACCUCAAUGGGUUCGUUAAAAUAAUUUAAUUCUCAGGGUGUACCUUUCAGCCAUAGUUGGACAUUCAUUGCUCCAAAAUGAUAGAAUCUUCUUUAUUUUUCUCAGUAAAGUGAAUUAAAUGCCUUGUUCUGAAAUUUAUUUUUUACAAGAGAGAGUUGUGAUAUGAUUUUGGAAAAAAAAAAGGUAAAUGGGACUGGGUGGGAUUUAUUGCUACGGCUUAUGUAUCAUUCUGUGUUUGUCAUCUACUCACAUUGAGCUAACUGUAAAUUACUGACAAGUAGAAUCAGAGGCCUGGCUGACUGAAGACUCCAUGCAUGUAAGAUCCACAAAAUGAGACAAUGCAUGUAAAUCCAUGUUCACGUUCUAGACAUGGAAAUUAGGAGCCUAAUAAACUUGCCUAAUUCAGUGUGGAGAAUGUCUUGGUUGUACGUUUUUACGUCAAGUAAGUAUAUUUCAGGAUGUUCAAACUUGGUUUGGAAGGGAACUGCUCUUUUUGGAGCAUCAAGAGUCCUUUCUGUUAGUUUCUGAAUUUUGGAUACAUAUCUACCAUGGGCUAGUUCUUCUGUUCAGUAGACUGGUGGUGGUGGGCGGCAGGCAGAAGGAUCAUGUCCGUGAUGAAACCAUGCCGUCCAGGGUAUAUUGAUCACACGUGUACAGGUUUGGGACAUACUCAAGUUGCCAUAUGUGAAUGAAGCAUGUGCCCUUACAGAUAUGUUUCUAGUGUGUAUUUUGUGUUUUAUAAUUUCUCCUGUUCAGAUAAAACCUCAUCACCUGAAAAGUAUGCAGAGCAGAGUAAAUCUCCACAUUCACAGGCAGAGAUAGACUCCAUGAGUGGAAGGAAGGAGAAAUGGUGUCCAAACACACAGAUAUGAUUCACUAUGGCCAGAGGAGUGAAACUGUAAUCACUGGGAAAAGCUACGCCAGGAGCUAUAAAACAAGCCACCACUUAAAAAUAGUCUUCGAGACAGUAAUGUCUGCAUCUUAUGUAAAAGCCCCUCAUGAUGAGAGAAGACAUACAUACUCAUUUCCAGAACAAUUCCAUCCCAUGUGGAGAGAAUGUAGUGAAAAAUCUUAAUUUUGGAGAUGUAUGUGACUCUAACUCAUGCUGUCAGACCGAGUCCUUUCCCCGAGAUCUUUUUGAAUGGAAAAGCCACCUGGAUUUAUUACCCUACUUCCUAUGUCUGUAGACGCAUUUCAUUGAAAGAAGGACAUUGCCUGUGGGUUAUCUGAUGAAGAUAACUCUGACUCAUCUCUCCUCUUAACGUUUCCGUGACUUCUGAGACAGAUAUAACUGAACAGAGUUUACAGUCACUUUUAAAUCUGGAGGUUUAUUCAUUCAUGUGUGUCAUCCCCUGCCCAUUUGAAAAAUCUUUCUUUUCCCCCAAACGCCUUUUUGAUGUUGGCAUAAAUAUAGUUUUGAAGCAUAGCAAUAGAAUUUGGGAUC